CUUUUUCUUUUAAUUUUUUUUUUUCAUUUUCAACCCUUUAUUUUCAGCUUUGGGUUUUUAUUUCAUUUUUUGUAAUUCUUAUUUCGGGUGAAAUGAUUGUUUUGAAAUAAUUAUCGGUUUUCUUUCAAGGGUUUCAUGGGGAUGCAAUCAUGGCUGUUUCUCUGUUUCCCUGAAUACUCGAGCAUACAUGCUUCCUUUUGUUUUUUUUUGUUUUUGGGUGAUUUUGAAUAAAGUAAUUUUUUAAUCAUAUUUGUUUAUUGGCCACUGGGGUGCCUAUGUGGGAUUUUCCAGGCUUCUACGGAAGGUGCCAUUUGACUUUGAAGCCAAAAAAAGAGGGUCAGGUUCAUCAGACCAGGGAUUUGGUUUAGUGGUGGUGGUGAUGAUGAUGAUCAAUGUUUUGAUGGUCUGAGGAUUUUUUUUUUCUUCUUUUUUGUUGAUGGGUUAUGGUAGGAUUCAUGAGAUUUGUAUUAUAAUGGAAACGCAGUCUGUUAUGGUCUCUCUCAUGAUUUGUAUUCAUGGGUUUGAAUGGUUUCUUGAUUCUGGUGGACCCAAAGUUUGAAUCUUUGAGCUAAAUUGUUAAUGGAAUCGGGAGGAUUUACUUCAUUGAGUUCUUGAAUGUGCUCUCCUGAAUUCGAGCCUUCUUCUUCUUUUCAGCUGACGAAGAACAAGAAGAUGAUAAAGGUUGGUUGAGUUUUUUUUUUUUUUUUUAAUUGUUUUGGGGUUAGAGCAAUUUGUUCUAGGGUUUCAAGUGUUGAAUUACUCAGUUAAAGAAGCGAGAAGAGAAAUAAAAUGGAAGAAGAAACUAGUUCUUGGAUAAGGAGGACAAAGUUUUCACACACGGUUUGCCAUCGUUUAGAUUCUUCAAGACUGGCGACGUUUCCGAUAGCCAUUCAGGCGGAGAGAAAUUUCAGUUUGAAAUCGAGGCCUGCAACGUCAGCUUAUGAGAAAUCUGUUUCCUUGUCCAAUCAGAAAUCAUCAGUUCUUAAUAAGUCUCGGAUUCAGACAAAUCCACUCACCAACAAGCAGAGAUCUUUAUCUCCUGUCCCUCAAGCAGUCCUUUCUGAUACUUUUAAGGAAGCAAGGUCUGAAAGGAAGAGAUUCUCAACUCCACAUCCUCGCAGGAAAGACCAAGACAAGGGAAUCAAAGGAAAGUUUCUGCGUAAGGAAUCUCCAGAAACCAAGUCAUCAAGUCCUGCAUCAAACACAAGCCCACUUCGGCACUUGUCUUCACAUGAAAAAUCAAAGUUUAAGAGAGACUCUUCUUGGACAAAGUAUUUUGAUCAUGCUGGAGGAAGAGUUAAUGCUGUGGAAGCAGCUGAUGAAUUUAGUGUUGAUAUGUCCAAGCUUUUUCUUGGCCUCAGAUUUGCUCAUGGAGCACAUAGCAGGCUUUAUCAUGGUGUAUACAACGAUGAACCUGUUGCUGUUAAAAUUAUCAGAGCACCAGAUGAUGAUGAAAAUGGAGCUUUAGCUGUUAGAUUAAAAAACCAGUAUGACAGAGAAGUCACCCUUUUAUCUCGGCUUCACCAUCCGAAUGUUAUAAAGUUUGUAGCAGCAUGCAAAAAGCCACCAGUCUAUUGUGUUAUAACAGAAUAUUUAUCUGAAGGUUCUUUGAGGGCAUACUUGCACAAGCUUGAGCAUAAAUCUCUGACCUUACAGAAGCUAAUUGCAAUUGCUCUGGAUAUUGCUCGUGGAAUGGAAUACAUCCACUCUCAAAGCAUCAUUCAUCGAGAUCUUAAACCCGAGAAUGUUCUUAUUGAUCAAGAGUUUCAUCUAAAGAUUGCUGAUUUUGGCAUAGCUUGUGAAGAAGCAUAUUGUGAUUCAUUGGCUGAUGACCCAGGGACUUACAGAUGGAUGGCACCUGAGAUGAUAAAAAAGAAAUCCUAUGGCAAAAGGGUUGAUGUGUACAGUUUUGGGCUCAUCUUAUGGGAACUAGUGGCUGGAAAAAUUCCUUAUGAGGAUAUGAAUCCGAUACAAGCUGCUUUCGCUGUGGUGAACAAGAAUUUGAGACCUGCUAUCCCUCAGGACUGUCCUCCUGCCAUGAGAGCUUUAAUUGAGCAAUGCUGGUCUCUGCAUCCCGAGAAGAGGCCUGAGUUUUGGCAAAUUGUUAAGGUAUUAGAGCAAUUCGAGUCUUCGCUUGCCUGUGAUGGGACACUGAAUUUGGUACAAAACCCAACUUGUCAAGAUCACAAGAAAGGUCUUCUUCAUUGGAUUCAAAAGCUUGGUCCUGUGCAUCCAAGUAACUCCCCCAUGCCUAAACCUAAAUUCUCAUGAAUCUCUCUUAUGACCCGGCUUUUGUAAUGCUCUAGGUCUUGUAAUUAGCAAGGUUUGUAUUCGAAGCCUCUUUAUUUGUACUCCUCUUCUAUGUCACAUUCAUGUGAGAGUGAAUUGAUAGAUUGGUAGGAUCCAUUGAGGUGAAAAGUCUUUGCUUCACAAAUAUACAUACAACAAAUGAUCACAAUUUAGGGUGUUUUGAACACUGUAAACUUUGGGAGAAGAAAAUUAGUGUUUUUUCAGAAGGCCACAAAGUUGAAUAUCAUCUCCUCUUCUAUGUCACAUUCAUGGAUUACCAAAUUGCUUGCAAUUGCAAGGCAUUGUCUGAGCCAAUUGAUGUCUCUUUUCUUUUUCCUUAGAUGGGUUGGCAAACAAGAUCCUUCCUCUGCCCCAUUUGAGUUUCUGAGGCAAAAAGAGGUCUAGAUUGUAUUUUGUGAUUUUGUGAUUUUUGAUUUCAAGUU